AAACGUUGAGAUUAAAUUCAGUAUUUUUUCUUUUAAUAGGAAACACAAUAUCGAUUGUGCAAGCCAAAGGUGUUACUGACAUUGAACGCGCACAGAAGCUUAAUCAAUUUCUUGAUCACCUCCACCGAGCCGGAAAUCAACGAGAAUAUUAUCAAAGUUGGUGUAGAAAUACUGACCCUACAGCAGUCGUUCUGUCAUUUGAUUUUGCCCAAACCGUUCACUACCCUGUCAGUCCACAACAACCUGGUACAGCAUACUUCAAAGCAACCAAGAAGUGCGGAGUCUUCGGAAUUACAGACGAAAAACAAAAAGUUCAGUACAAUUACAUGAUAGACGAAAAAGAUGACGUUGGUAAAGGACCUAACUGUGUUGUGAACAUCCUGAAUUAUCACCUGCAAACCUACUAUAAAGACAUUGAAACACUCGUUCUUUUCUGUGACAAUUGUGUUGGGCAGAAUAAGAAUAACACUGUACUAUCAUAUCUGCAAUGGUGUUUGGCUCGGGGUCUUAACAAAACUAUUUUAUUCAAUUUUCUACUUACCGGGCACACUAAGUUCGCGCCUGAUCGUUACUUCGGUAUUUUCAAAAGUAAGUAUGCCGUCAGUAACAUCGACAAGUAUGCAAAUUUACUGCAGUGUGUCGAGGCAUCAUCACCUGGGGGUUAUAAUAAAGCUGUAUCGGCUGAAAAAGUCGUCUGGUAUGAAUGGGACAGCUAUUUUAAACCACUGUACAAGUCACUUGUUGGAAUAACGCAAUUCCAUCAUUUCAUAAUCUCUACAGAUUGUGUAAAAACAAAGAAAUUCGCAGACAGUGAAGAAGUGCAGUCCUUUAAGCUUCUGUUAAAACCUAUCGAUCCUGAAAUGGCGAAAUUUAUACAACCAGCCGGUUUAUCUUUACAUCUAUCACAAUCUUCGAAGCUUAGUUUCGGAUAUAUCUAAAGUAGAUAUUGUGGCUCCAUUGCCGAAAGAUUUGCCAUCGAAGAAACGGAAGGCAAAAACUAGUGAAGAUGUUCUCAAACCAGACGAGGAACCAGGUCCAUCUUCCUCAGGAUCAACACGUAAAAAGAUC